AUGAAGAUCAGCAUAAGAAAAGCUUUUGGAAACGUUUUUGUGCUGGUGGUUUUCUUUUUGAUGAUGACUAUUUACUAUACAUUUGUUUUUGUCUAUUGCCUUCCCAACAUCAAAGGUAAAUUCCAUGCAGAAAAGAAAUUAUCACCAAUAAUCCUUUAUUUGUUCCAUUUAGUGGUGUUUAUGCUUUUUUGGAGUUUUAUUCAAGCAGCCUCUUCUGAUCCAGGGAAGGUUCCACCAUACUGGGUAUCAAAUAUUUAGGGUUUCUAUAUGGGAGAUGCUGAAUAUAAAAGGAAGAGAUAUUGCUUAAUGUGCCAUGUUUUUAAACCUGAAAGAUGUCAUCAUUGCUCAGUCUGUGGGAUCUGCAUCCUUAAUAUGGACCACCAUUGCCGUAUUUUAUAAACAGCUUGAAUUAACAACUGCAUAGGAUUCAACAACCGAAAAAUUUUUAUGCUGAUGCUUUUUUAUUCGCUUGUAACAUCAUAUUAUGUUCUUUUAUCUUUGGUUUCACAAAUUUAUGACUCUCUGCUAUAUUUACUUGAUGACAGUGUAAGGGUUUCUCUAUACCCUCACUUAUUGUACAUCGCUAUUUUCUUAUUACUUUCUGCACUUGCAUUUAUUUUAACAAAAUUCACGAAAUUUCAUGUGGAUUUAGUGCUUAAUAACUCAACUACAAUUGAAUGCUUGGAAAAAUCAACUGUAAACUAUAGUAUAAGCCCUCUAAGAAAUUGGCAACAGGUUUUUGGUAAAAAUCCGUGGCUCUGGCCAUUCCCGAUAUAUAGACAGUCAGGAAGGCCAAUAGGAGAUGGGGUGUUUUGGCCUCAAACGCAACUAACUGAAAACAAUCAGCAUGAUAUCAAUGUAGAGUCAGAAGUAAACCGUGAAGGAACACAUGCGAACCCACCAAUCGUGCCGUCUUUAAGCGCAUCUGCAUCAAAAAAGCCUUUAGAUGUGUCUUCGUCUUCCCAAGAUGCUUCAUUUGAUGCGCUAAAUGAAAAAAAUUCAGUCCUCUACUUAAGGCCUGAUAGGGCAAGCACUCCUUACGCUUCAGAAAUUGACACAGAAACAACGAUGAUGAGAGCAAGGGAAGAGUCUUCCUUGAACAUUUCAGCCGAGCCGAUUUUGAAAUCUUCUGUUUUAGAAAUAAACCUAAGAGAGCAAAAUGAAUAG